CUACCUUUUCCAUUAUGAAAUGAAUUGUGAUCCGAUUGCACAAUGAUCAAUACAGUGCAACGGCCCCAAAUCAAAAUUUGUUUGUAUUAUCAAUAAACGAAACUAUAAGAAAAGUUGAUCACGUUUUUGACCAGAAUCAUACGUCCCGACAAAAGAGAUAAAGCACUUGCGCAGAAAAGUUAAACAGACUAAUCCCACAUUUUCUACAUUCCUUCAUAUUACUGUGUAUAAGUUACAAUUUCCAUUCCAGUCUCUUCUUGCAAAGAAGCUCCUCAAACAGAGCACGAAAAUGGCAGCAUCCACCCAACCGCAGCAGAACGAGUGCUCGGCUGCCUACGACCGUCUCGCGGAGCUCAAGGCUUUCGACGAGACCAAAGCCGGAGUCAAAGGUCUGGUCGACGCCGGAGUGACUCAGAUCCCUCGCAUCUUCCAGGCUCCGCCGCACCUUCUCGACAGCGUGGACAGAGCAUCCCCUGUUUCACCCGACGAUCCGAACUUCUCCUUCCCCAUCAUCGAUCUGGAAGGUGCGGACCGCGACCCCGCGAAGCGUAAGCAGAUCGUCGAGAAAAUCAGGGAUGCAUCGGCGAAUUGGGGUUUCUUCCAGGUGGUGAAUCAUGGGAUUCCAGAGACCGUGCUGGAAGAGAUGAAAGCAGGGGUUCACAGGUUCUACGAGCAGGAUGUGGAGCUGAAGAAGCAGUUUUACACACGGGACAACAAGCGGAAGAUUGUGCACAACAGCAACUUCGACUUAUACUCGGGAGCGUUUACCAAUUGGAGGGACACCACUCUGUAUCGUAUGGCUCCUGACCCUCCCGCCCCUGAAGAACUGCCCGCUUGUUGCAGAGAAAUCCUGACGGAAUACUCCGAGGGAGUGUUGAAAUUGGGGGAAUUGCUUUUCCAGUUACUGUCGGAAGCUUUGGGAUUGAGAUCGAGUCAUCUGAAAGAGCUGAAUUGCACAAAGGGACUUCAGGUACUCUGCCAUUAUUAUCCGGCGUGCCCUCAACCGGAACUGACAUUGGGAGCGUGCAAGCACGAGGACAACGACUUCAUUACCGUGCUUCUUCAAGACCAUAUCGGAGGACUUCAGGUUCUUCACCGGAACCAAUGGGUCGACGUGCCUCCUCUGCCCGGAGCUCUGGUGGUCAAUCUUGGAGAUUUACUCCAGCUAAUAUCCAAUGACAGAUUUGUAAGUGCGGAGCACAGGGUGUUGGCGACGAAAGUCGGAGCAAGAGUUUCUGUGGCCAGUUUCUUCUCCACUGGCUUUACACCCAAUCCAAUAGAAUAUGGACCCAUUGAAGAAUUGGUUUCAGCAGACAAUCCUCCAAUAUACCGGAAAACCACGGCAGCGGAGUUUAAUGCCCAUUUCCAUGGUAAAGGCCUUGAUGGGGCUUCUGCUUUGCUGCAUUUUAAGCUCCAAAGCUAGAGGCCGUGCUUAUAUGGGAUUUUCUACAAAAAUAUUGUAAGAUAUGAUAAGAAAGACCAUAUUUAUUGUGGUAUUCAAACAAUGUACCUAUAUACUGUGGUAAUGUAGCACUUGGGAGCUGGAUUAAAAUGUUUGUGCUUAAAUAAACAUAUACUAGCAAAAGUCUACUCCAUUUCGCUUCGCGUAUUAGAAAAACAAAUAUUUUAAAUAGUAGUAGUUUUAAUGUUGACCAAAAAGUGAAAGUACUCUUAUUUCAGUCUUAAUCAUUCUUUUCAUAGGUUUGUUAUUUAAAAUAACAUAUGGUCGAUGAACUAGCAUAAGCUAGAAGGGUCGUCGAAUAAAUUAUUUAUGUUAAA